UCCUGCCUCACCGACUCCCACGCACAACGCAUCGCAGACAAUUUCUCGCAUCUCUUUUCCGAUUUUUCCGAAGAAUUCGCCAACUCGACUCUCACCGAAGAUAUUACCGAUCAGACGGAUAGUGUGGGUUGGUUGAUCAGUAAUGGAACGGAUUGUCCUCAUCCUCUCGGUUCGGUGACGUUGAGUUCGCGAAGGGAGUUUUUGGAUGCCCAGGCUACGCAGCCGAAUUUGCCGUUCAUCAUUGAAAAUGUAUGGCACGAUUGCACCAACGUCUUCACACGCUGGAAGUUUGAC